AUGAAUCAGAGCCAGCGAUUGGUAGGUGUUCAGCCAGCAGUUUGCGUCCAGCAGUUUGCGUCCAACAGAGCUGAGGAUUCGACGUAUUUAGAAUUGGUGAAGAUGAAUCAGAGGAAAGAAGAAACGCUGAAGGAUUUCAUGGAUCGCUUCAAUAAAAUGGUGCGUCAAGUUAGAGACGUGGGACCGAAAUAUAUCUUGAGAAGUUUGACCACCGCACUUAAGCCAAGGCCGUUUGCUGACAGCCUUUAUGCUGAACCACCACAGACAAUGGGGGAACUGCAGAAUAGGGAUACUCAGUUCAUCCGGGUGGAAGAGAUGAGGGCUUUCCAGAAGAGUCAAAAGGAGGUGGUAAUGCAGCCCGCAGGUCAUAAAUUCGAUCGGAAGGAGAAACGAAAGAUGCUAGGAUUAGAGGGGAGACAAGGAGGUCGGUACGAACAACAAAAAGGGCAAAAGUAUAGCAAUUAUAUGUCGCUAGGGGUACCCCGUACCAAGAUAUUCGAAGAGGCGAUGCAAACCGAACAACGUCCUCCCAAGCCACAGAAAAACAAUCCGAACGGUGAUAAAGGCCUGUAUUGCAGGUAUCACAAGGUUGUUGGUCAUAGCACAGAAGAGUGCCACGCUCUGAAGGAUAAAAUUGAGGAGUUAAUAAGGUCGGGACAGUUGAAAAAAUAUGUACGAAGUGACACCCGAAGAAGGUCGCCCGGAAGAGAUCGUCAUACAAAUAAGAAGGAUGCACGUCGGAGCAGGAGUAUGAGUGUGGAAAGGCCUCUUAAGGGUCAUAUCAAUACUAUUUUAGGAGGCUUCGCGGGAGGAGGUUCAACCUCUUCGGCAAGGAAGAGACAUUUGAGGGGGUUGAGGAGUGUGAAUAGCAUAUAG